AAAUAACCCCCACCCUCUUUUACGUUUUGUUUGUUCAUAAACCCUAGCGGAUAUUCGACGGUUUGACAGAGAAAAAAGUUCCAUCAGAUUUGGAUCGAGAAACAAUGGAAGCUGCCCAAAAUGAUUUGGAGAGGCUAAUGAUCUUCGAACAUGCUCGUAUAACUGCCGAAGCAGAGUACGCCAAGAACCCUACUGAUGCAGAUAAUUUAACAAGAUGGGGUGGAGCUCUUCUGGAAUUAUCCCAAUUUGGAGAUAUAAACGAAUCAAAGAAGAUGCUUAGAGAUGCUGUGUCAAAACUUGAUGAGGCAUUGACUAUCAAUCCUGCAAAACAUGAGGCUCUGUGGUGUUUAGGAAAUGCUCACACUGCUAAUGCAUUUCUAACCCCUGAUCAUGAUGAGGCUAAAGUUAAGUUUGAUAAGGCAACUCAAUGUUUCGAAAAGGCUGUAGAAGAGUGUCCAGGGAAUGAACAUUAUCUCCAAUCUUUGGCACAAUGUGCUAAGGCAACUGAGUUGCACAAGGAUAUCCACGCACAUGGUGGACUUAGUCAAGCUCAACAAACAUUAGGCGGAGGGUCUGCGCCUUCUUCAAGUGCUAAGGGGAGUGGAAAAAGCAAGAAUAGUGAUUUGAAAUAUGAUAUAUUUGGAUGGGUGAUCCUUGCUGUUGGGCUUAUUGCAUGGAUAGGAAUGGCCAAAUCCAAUGUGCCUCCACCUCCAACAAGAUGAUGAACAGGUUUACUUGCUUGCUCAUUAGUAAGUUAAAGCUUAUUUUAUUAAAAAAAAAAAAAGGAUGCAAAUGUUCACUACGUAUGCAUGGUUUAGAUGUGUUAUGUUGUGAGUGUGCAUUAUUUCAUUUAUAAAAAUGUUUACUAAAUUUUGACUCCUCAUAAAUGUAUUUUGCUAUGCGAAAUUUCAAUAACACAAUUUGUUACUUUCCUA